AUGGCCACCUUAACCCAUUUUUCCACCACUUAGAUUGUGGCUCUUGCAAUUGUAUUGCAAACAAGUUUUUCUCUUUGGUUGAGCAGGGUUGAGUAACACUGCUGUAACAGGACACAUCUUGUAAUUGCAGCUGUCAUGAUGGAGCUGCAGUGCGAGACAUGACUUGUUUACCGAUGCCUUGGAAAAAUUGAACCUGAAAGACAGAUGGAGCUGCUUUAGAAGGCUGCCGUUCUGUUGCUGUAUCUCAUUCAUGAUUUGUGAUUAGUAAUGAACCACUAUUGUUCCCUGACUUCAGCCGUGCAUUCAAAUCCUAAGCUCACCCAUGACUCAUAACUCGGUCACCUCCACACUAGACCCCUCUAGAUAUUUCCACAGCUUACUUCUUAGUUUGAUUUGAGGACUGUUCAGUAGAAAACUUCACUCAGGUGUAUUUACUAAGCAACAAACCAGCGUUUUUGUUUCAUGGGUGAAUUUCACCUAAUGAGGGAGAAAAGCAGCUAAAAGCACCCUUGCUGGUUUAUGCUGCAAGUGAUCCCAGGAUGCUUUGCAAGGAAACUCAGAUUUUCGUUCAAAUUAUAUUUAUCAUCCAUGAAACGAAAAAGUUUGUGCAUCUUUACUCCUCAUCUUUUGUUCAUGUUUUUACUGAGAACACCCUGGCAGCAGAAUUUACAUCUAUGUGUCAAACUUUGAGAAUAUUGAUGAUAUUGUUAUAAUAUUGACUGAUUUGAGAGUGGUUCAGAUGUCUCAACAUGCUCUAUGUAAAUCAUUAAUGUGUCAGAUUGAAGUCCAAACUGUUCUCUCUAUUUACCUUCAAGUCUCAAACUGUGAGAAGGGAGCUUCCAUUCACCCUGAGAGCUUACGACAGACUGAGUCGGAGGCAUGGAGGAGGAGGAGGCCCGGUGUUUUCUCAGGAGGUUUGUAGAAGAGUUCCCGGCUCCUCUUGAGGAUAGCGCUGUGCUGCCUGUGAACCCGCUGAGCCGCAGAGUCUCUGAGGAGGAACUACACGGGGAGAGUUUGGAGCUGGGUCUGAGGCUGCUGACAGCCAGGGGUUCUCCUGCUGGCCUAAGUGCCCUCUUGUGUCAGACAGCGGUGUCUCAGCUACUACAGGAUGACCUCUCACCUUUCCACUGCCCACAGGAUGCUGACGCCAACCAGGAGGAGGAACAGCAAGUCUUGCUCCAGUCAGAAAGAGUCCAGCAUCUCUUCAUCAACAAGCUGAUAAAUGUGGCACUUAAAUGGCAUCAAAACCUCCCUGAACUAUCGUCUUCACCCUCAUCCUCUGCCUCGGGGUACCUCCACUGCUCUACUCACGCCAUCAAGAACACGAGGAGGAAGAUGGAAGACAAACAUCUGGCCUUACCUGAGUUCAACCAGCUGUUUGGUAUCCAGGACGGAGUGAAGCGUGCAUACUACGCUGUGUUUGAUGGUCACGGCGGAGUGGACGCUGCCAUCUUUGCAGCCACACACCUCCAUGUUUCUCUGAGCAGAGAGCAGAAACUGCAGAGUGACGCAGCAGCAGCCUUUAAAAGUGCCUUCACACACACGGACGACAUGUUCAGAGGCAAAGCCAAGAGAGAGCGUCUGCGCAGUGGCUCUACAGGCGUGGCAGUGCUGAUCCAGGGUCAGGAGCUGACGGUGGCCUGGCUCGGAGACUCUCAGGCGAUUCUGGUCAGAAAAAGAGAAACUGUAACACUGAUGGAGCCUCAUAAACCGGAUAGAGAGGAUGAGAAACAGAGGAUUGAGGACCUUGGUGGCUGUGUCACCUUUAUGGGCUGCUGGCGUGUGAACGGAACGUACGCUGUGUCUAGAGCUAUAGGUGACUUUGACCAGAAGCCGUAUGUCUCUGGGGACGCUGACUGCUCCACAACUCAGCUCCUUGGGGACGAGGACUACCUGCUUUUGGCGUGUGACGGCUUCUUCGAUGCAGUCUCCCCUUCAGAGGUCCCAGGUCUGGUCUUGGAUGCUCUCCAGCAGCCCGAUGACCCAGAGGAGGACGCUCCGCUGGAUCAGUCUGAUGAUGCUGUUGGACUGAGAGUCGCCCAGCGGUUGGUAGGUCAUGCGAAGGCGGCCGGCUCUAGUGAUAACAUCACAGUGAUGCUGGUGUUCCUGCAUCCACCUCUCCAGCUGCUCAAUCAAGACUCCACCAAAGGAGCAGCACAAGCUAUGCAGAACUCCGCCUCCCAGGAUACACCACGGCAGUGAAGGGGGAGGUCUGCAGCACAAACACCACUGUGCCAAGCUACUGAUUCAUGUCUUCAUGAUUUUAAUGUCCUGAGGUGGUGUUAAAAAUCCUGCAGACAGUUUAAGCUCAAUAGAUACUAAUCAGAAACAAAUGCAGCGUGUCCUAACAGGAAGGAGCAUCAGCAACAAGAUGAGCUUUAUGCCAAGUGUUUAUUAGAGUGUCCUAACAGCAGGUGAGCAAUACAGAGCCCAGGUUUUACCUCAACACCCUGUUUCUAUAUUCUGUUUUGUCGCUAGCACUGACAUGGACGAGGAACAAGGAAAACUAAUGAGGCUCCAGGAGUGUCAUACAGGAAAAUGUCCUGGAUUUUCUUUCAUUUUCCUCAUUCAAAACCGCUACUUAGCUUUGUUUUUUUUUUGUUUUUUUUUUUUGUUUUUUUUUUAAUGGGGAUAGUUGUGCAUUAAUGAUAUCAGUGUUAAGAAUUUUAAACUCCGCCUUAUUUUAACACAGAGGUCAAAGGCUCAGAAAUAUGAAGCACCACACUUUUGUCUCUUCACCUUCAAAAUAAAAGCAUCAAUUGGCCACCUGUUUAAGGAAGGACUUAACAUUUACAGGGCAGAGAAUUAAAUAUUUACAUAACAGAAGUAGCUUGCUGUUGAUGCAGAGUGAUAUCUGAACUUGCGUGCUGUUAGGACACACUAAAACACAGCAGAUUUUAAAGCUCUUUAAUGUGAUAGUGUCCCAAAUGUGCAGAAAAUAACCAUCUUAUGUAACUUGAUGUGUAAUGUUACAUUGCUGUAACCUAAGUGUUAAAAAUAUCAGUAUAAACAAAUCAUUUUGAAAAUGGAGUCAGUAGAGAUAAGAAUGUAGUGAAAAGGUUCUCCCAGUCAUGACAGGCUAGCAUCACCUCAACUCAAGUGUUCUGACGAGUCUGUUACUUUAACUGUCUUUAUGCUUUCUGUUUUAUUUAUUCACAAGCUGAUGCUCUUAUCAUGUUCUCUGUGCAUUAUCAGUAUUAUGAGGCACCUCUGAUUCAAAUAAUCAGACUGCACGUUUGUUAUUCUUAAUUAAUAGGAUGUGACUUAAUAGGAUGUUUGCAGUCAUGUGGUCCUGAUUACCCGUUAAUGACAGAUGUGGGGCAGGAAGUGAAGAACUGAGACGGCAAAGUUAGUCCGUUGAAGCUCUAGGUGGCGCUGCACACUGCAGUUAUCAUCAGAACAUUUCUACAUCCACUGGCUCUGAGCCCUACAAAAUUAUUUUGACCUCAGGUCAAAACAAUUUACCAGGAGAGAAGGUGAUCCAAGUCACUAAUGACAGAUGAAGGGGGACAACAGUCCAGAAAAGUCUAGGACUGAGCUAAGGGGCUAGCUGAGCCUCUUUAACAGCUUUUCUCCCUCGUAGAUGGAAAUGCUGGUUUACUUUUAAGAAAAUAAACCUUGUAGGGUAAAAGACAGGCAUUAUAUGUCAUUCAUGAAUCACUCUGUUCUUUCUUUCAGUUUCUUUUUUUAAUUUUAUCCACAUCUAAAAAUCCAAACUGGUACUGGUAACAGUUCCGGAGCCUAAAGACUGUCUGUCAGUGCUUAGCUGAGCUAAAUGAUUUGGUCUCUUAAAAGACACAGACAUCACAGCAAGUGACGCUGGACAGACAGCUGUGGAAAGACAAGAAAGAUCUGGUUUACUGUGACAAACAGGACUGGACCAAGCCAGACCACUUGGUGUUAAUGGACCAUGUGUGAGCGUUGUCCGACUCUGCCCCUUCAGACUCUAGAUUGAGGCUUUUAAUCCAUGUGCACCACUGUUUCUCUCUGAACUUAAACCUAAAACUACUUUGCCUUAGGCCAGGUAUACACUGUGAUUUCAAGCCAGUCGUGGCAGAAUGUUAUCUCAUACUGUACGACUGAAUCACUUACGAUGAACAACCAUUGCACACGAGUUGUGUGGUCGCACUGUGCGACUGAAGCUGGGACGGACUGUGCCAGAAACCCACGGAGUUUCCUUUUUAAAAAGUCUCACACACUCAGGGUGAAGUGUCUCCAGUCAUACCCCCCCCCCCCAUCUCUCUCUCUCUCUGUCCCGUUACAUCUCUCUGUCCCAAACACACAAACAGCAUCACCUCUGUGUCAGCUGCAGGUCCGCGGAUAGGAAUAUUUCCUGCUUAUUUAUUUCCUUGAUCAUAGCGGGGUGAAUCAGAAAGUCAUUUCAGCUGUUGUCAUGGUAAUUUAGGAUGUUGUCUGACUGUUUACAAAGGAAAACAAUCCACCCAAGUUGUUUAUUCUGCUCGCAUUUCUGCUCUCACUGUGAAGUGUCUGGAGUCGUACAACCAAAAUAUCAAAUAUGCCAUGUCUGCAUUUGUCUCUCUCUCUCUCUCUCUCUCUCUCUCUAAAGUAAGCCACGGUUUCUCUAUGAAUAACCAUCAUGUGUAAUGUGCAUGUUAAUAACAAAUGCCUUAAAAGUUUGUGUCUGUUUCCAGCAGCAGCACUGCCUGUAUGUGUGAAGAUGCUCUAAAAGUCAAGACAGAACUACUGCUGAUGAUGUAGGCCUCAUUGGUCAAAUAUAGAACGUGUCAAAAAUACAGUUUAGCCACUUCAGCAUCAUGUGAUGGCACUGUGCUUUGGUUGUCCAGUAAUGAUGGGGGUGGUGCUGUUUGAACAGUGAGUGUGUCUGCCUCUGCUCUUUCAGCAUCGGAGUGAAACAGAGAAGAGCAGGACUCAGUCUGAGCUGUCGUCUUUCAAAUGCUGCCAUACACUUCUUCUGUUUACCAUCCACCAUGGUUAGUAGAGCGAGCUGUAGGUGACACUGAAUUUUCCUUGGGUGUCAGCAAAAUGUGCGUUGUUGUUGUUGUCCAUGUGAUGGGAUUAAUGCUGGUGGCAGUAUUGAUACUGAUUUACUGUCCACCACAGACUGCAGUGGAAGGUUAGGGUGGUAGGGGGCGACUGUGGCUCAGUAGGUACAGGCGGUUGUGCCACAACCAGAAGGCUCCUGCAGUCACGUUUAAUGUGACAAGACAUCUGUGGUGUAUGAAUGAGUGUGCAUCGGAUUUGCCAAACUGAAGGCCAAAUCUACAUAGAAUCUAAUCCAAUGCCAUCAGGGUAUGAAUGUGGAGUGAAUGGGUAGGUGUGACCUGUGGCGUAAACGUGUUUUUAGUGACUAGAAAAGGGCUAUACAAGUCUAUUUGCCAAGGUUUUAGCAGUCGGAGAGGAAAAGUUGAAUUCUGCCCACCAGCCUUAAAGAGUUAAAGCAGGUGUUUUCUCUCGCCAAGCCUUGUAGCCCUUUUAGAAUUUUUCACAGUGUACGGUGCAGAGAGCACAAUGAAAUAGUCAAACUUGCAUUAAUGACAGGAAACUGGAUCUUUGUGUGUACUAGUGGGAACAAAAUGACAGAGACUCAAACUGGACCAGUGUUUUAAUGAUACAGCAGUGUUGUGCCAAACUACAUAAGCUUCUUUGCUGCACUAUGUCUUACAGUAUUUGAUUUUUUCAUAUUGUUACUUAAUCAUGCCUUCUUAAAAAUGUCAAUAUUCCCAUCUGUACUGACUUUGUUAUGAUAAAAAGCAUUGUAAUAUUGUGUAUCCUUGAAAAGACCACACAGUGGUCUGUUUUCUCUGCUCCAUUAACUCGUAAGUUACACAUUUGUAUAAGUUUCUGAAAUAAAAGCCUGAUUGGUUCACAACAA